AAACCACACCCUCACCUGCGCGUUCAUAUACCGCACACCGGCUAUUGCUCUACGCAUAAGGCCACUGACACAUUUUGGCUGUAUUUACUGCAGAAGAACGAAUAACGCAGCUUUUAGUAGUUUCACCGAGGACACAUUCACAUUUACCGACACUGGGUUGCAUACAGUCCGAGGAAAUAUGAGAGAGGCGAAGAAAGACGAGGGCGGAGGGAAGCGUGCGGCGACGGGGACGGAUAAAGAUCAGAGCUGGAUUCCUAAAAUCAUCAAGAAGAGAGUGUGUACGACCUUUGUAGAAGAUUCAUUUAGCAAUGGGGCCCUCUGCCAGUGUGGAGCCUCACGGGACACACACACCGCAGUGGCCGUGGGGGAUUACUUUAGCACAGCCAUUGUGAGCCGGUGGGAAAGCAUCCAGCACUCCUCGGAGCAGCCCACGGACGCCUUUGGCCAGCUGGACUUCCUCGGAGCUGGGAGACGACAGAGCCGUUUCCUGCGCUUGUCCUGCGACACGCCCCCGAGCAUCGUGUACACCCUGAUGACCGUCCACUGGGGUUUGCCAGUGCCCAAUCUGGUCUUGUCCUUGGUGGGCGGAGAUGGCCGGGUGAAGGUGAAGAGCUGGAUCCGAGAGGUGCUCAGGCGGGGGCUGGUGAGGGUUGCACAAAGCACAGGGGCAUGGAUUAUCACGGGGGGAUUACGAGAGGGGCUGACAAGGUGCAUUGGGGAGGCGGUGAGGGACCACAGAGCGGCUGCCUCCUCUCUCUCUCAUGCCAAGGUCAUUGCCCUGGGCAUCGCACCCUGGGGCCUCGUGCUGAACCGGCAGCAGCUGGUGAACCCGAAGGGCAGCUUCCCGGCCAGAUACUACGUGCAGAACACGUCACACGACUCUCACAGCCUGGACCACAACUAUGAGGCUUUCCUCCUAGUGGACGACGGAAGUGUGGGCCGCAGGGGGGGUGAGACUGGCUUCAGGGUCUCUUUGGAGGACCACAUCUCUCAUCAGCGGACUGGCAUUUUGGGGAGUGGAAGCAUUGAGAUCCCAGUCCUGUGUAUGCUGGUUGGAGGGGAUUCAGCCAUGCUGGAGCGAGUAGACAUGUCCCUCCGGAAAUCUGGGCCCUGGUUGGUCCUUGCGGGAUCGGGCGGCGUUGCCGAUCUGAUCUGCGAGAUGCUCGGGAAACUGGCCCCGGCAGCCAAUGAACUGCAGGCAGCGCCAGCCAGCACCGAGCUGAGGGAUCAGGUUGGAGAUCUAGUGAAGAAGCACUUUCCCUCAGACGAAGAGAGCAACAUGGAGAAGCUGACUGAAAGGGUUCUCAGUAUAUAUCAGAACAGGGAGCUGAUCACCGUGUACCACGGGGAGCAGGACGGGCCGGACGACUUUGAUACAGUGCUGCUCAGAGUCCUUGUCAGAGCUCGCAAGAACAGAGGCUCCCACGGUGCCAGCCCACAUACGGAGGAGCUGAAGCUGGCUGUGGCCUGGAACAGAGUGGACAUUGCCAAGAGUGAGCUCUUCAACGGGGAUAUACAGUGGAAGUAUGAAGACCUGGAAGAUUCCAUGACAGAUGCCCUGGUGAAUGAUAAGCCGCAGUUUGUACGGCUCUUCAUGGAGAACGGUCUGAAUAUCCUGGAGUACCUGACGUACGGCCGCUUGGAGGCCCUGUACCAUUCAGUGCCGGACAGCUCAGUGCUUUAUGUGCAGCUGCAGCGACGUCUGAGUGAGCGUCAGUGUGCUGGCGGCUUUGUGUCCUACUCCACCAAGCCCUCCGCCAAGGGUACGGAGAACCCCCAGUCUGGACCUCGCUCCAUCAAAGAUCUCAGUUUGUACGAGGUGUCUCGGGUCUUAUGGGACAUGUUAGGGGACGUGUGUCAGCCAUUUUACUAUCAGCCUUUGGAACUCGGGCAAAACACCAGCUCAAGAAGGGCUGUCAAGAGCGUAAGCAGACUGUUGCAGGGCACAUGUGCCUACCGGGAACAGCGCUGCCAGUCUCCCUGGCUCGCUCUCUUCAUGUGGGCUGUCCUGCAGAACCACGGAGAAAUGGCUUCUUUUUUCUGGGAGAUGGCAGAAGAGUCAGUGCUCACUGCCCUGAGUGGGUGUAAGAUCCUGAGGGAGCUCUCCAAGCUGGAGGACGAGACAGAGGCUCAGCUCUCCAUGAAAGAGCUGGCACAGAGGUUUGAGAACCGGGCACAUGACAUCUUCAGAAAGUGCUACGAGAGCAGUGAGAGUCGCUCAUUCACGCUGCUCAUUGCCAAGUCGGCAGCGUGGGGUGGAGCUACCUGCCUGCAGAUGGCGAUGGCGGCUGACGCCCGCCACUUCUUCAGCCAGGAUGGCGUGCAGGCCCUGCUGUCUCAGAUCUGGUGGGGUGAUAUGGAGAGAAGCACUGAGAUGUGGAGACUCAUCCUCACCUUCUUCAUCCCACCUCUCAUCUACACUAACCUCAUCUCCUUCAAGAGAGAUCAAGAAGAGGACUGCAAGGAUAAAAACAUGCCCCACAUAUGGGAGACUGAUGGCUUAGAAGGAGAGACCAUCUUCUCUUUCGCUGACAUCAAGCCCACUGAAGAAGAAGCUGAAGAAUACAGGGCUCUCAGAUCUAAAAGACCCUCAGCAAGAACUUAUAAGCACCCCUAUGUGGUGUUCAGAUGGCGACAGUUCUGGUUCGCCCCGAUCACGACUUUCCUCGGCAAUGUGCUCAUGUACUUCCUUUUCCUCUUCCUGUUUGCCUAUGUGUUACUGAUUGACUUCAAGCCACCCCCUUUCCAAGGCCCCACCACAACAGAGUUGGUGCUGUACUUCUGGGUCUUUACUCUAGUUUGUGAAGAAAUCCGACAGAGCUUCUUUAUUGCCAGUACCUCUGUGUCGCAGAGGAUAAGGCUCUACAUUCAGGAUGUGUGGAAAAAGUGUGACCUCACAGCCAUCUCUCUCUUCAUCAUUGCACUGAUCUGCAGGAUGUUUGAAACGUCCUACGAAUGUGGUCGGGCGGUUCUGUCCCUCGAUUUCUUGGUCUUCACGCUGAGGCUCAUCCAUAUCUUUGAAAUCCAUCAGCAGAUGGGACCCAAGAUUAUUAUUGUGGGCAAGAUGAUGAAGGAUGUCUUCUUUUUCCUUUUCUUCUUGCUGGUGUGGCUUAUGGCGUAUGGAGUAGCCAAUCAGGCGCUGCUGUACUCCUAUGACCACCGGCCAGAUUGGCUCCUGCGUCGCAUUUUCUACAGACCGUAUUUGCAUAUAUUUGGACAAAUCCCAUUAGAGGAGCUAGACGCUGCAAAGAUGGGACAGAUGAACUGUACAAAUAACGUUACCCUCAUCCAUGCUGGGUUUGAGCCCUGCAUGGACACCUAUGCCAACUGGCUGGUUAUUGUGCUGCUAGUGGUGUACCUGCUGGUCACCAACAUCCUCCUAAUCAACCUGCUGAUCGCCAUGUUCAGUCACACAUUCGCCAAGGUUCAGGACAACAGUGACAUCUACUGGAAGUUCCAGCGCUACAGGCUGAUCGAGGAGUACCACUCAAGGCCCUCUCUGGCACCGCCGUUCAUCAUCCUCUCUCACCUGCACCUCUUCAUCAAGAGGAAUAUCCGCCGGGUUCCCUCAGUCAAAGUCCUGCACUUUGCACUGGAGCUGGACGACAAGAAGUUCAACAAGCUGGUGACCUGGGAGUCCAUUCAGAAGGAGGGCUUCCUGGUGGCCCAGAACAAGAAAGAGAGAGAAAGUGAUUCUGAGAGGCUCAAGCGCACCUCCUUCAAGGUGGACAGCAUGCUGAAGCAGGUGACAGAGAUCCGGGAUCAUGAUCGCAGACUGAGGCUGUUGGAAAAUGAGCUGGAGUACUGCACUAAUGCCCUCUCUUGGAUGGUGGAGAUGUUGUCCCAAAGCGACUUGGUCACCAUCACACGCCCACCUCCAACAUUUAAAGGUGUCAUGGCACAGGACGAAGAACAAAGCGGUUACCAGCAUGACAGUGCAGAUGAAAAUGUGGAAUAUGCAUAUGGUGCUGAUGAGGAUGAUGAGGUGGGUGACAGUAAAACAAAAAGAAUCACUGAGGAUGACACUGAGAGUGAUGAUCAAGAUGAUCAUCUUUUAUAUAAUCAUGAUGAGAGUGAUGAUCAUGAUGAUAAUUAUGAUGAAGAUGGCAGUGACGAGGAAUAUGCUGCAAAUGAUGAUAGCAGUGAUAAUGAUCCAGACGACAGUGAUGAACCUGACAGUAAAGAGGAUGAUGAUGAUGAUGAUCAUCAUCAUCAUAGUGAUAACCUAGGUAACAGUGAUGAAUCUGAUGACAGAGUGGAUGAUGAUGAUAAGGAUCACAAUGAUGAUAAUCUAGAUGACAGUGAUGAAUCUGAUGACAGAGAGGAUGAUGAUGAUGAUGGUGAAGAUGAGGAUCACACUGAUAAUCUGGAUGACAGUGUUGAACCUAAUGACAGAGAGGAGGAGGAUGAUGAUGAUCACAUUGAUAACAAUCUGGAUAUUGGAGAUGAAACUAAUGUCAGAGAGGACAACGAUGACAAUGAUGAAGAUGAUCACAGUGAUAAUCUUGCUGACAGUGAUGAACUUAAUGACAGAGAGGAUAAUCAUGAUGAUGACACUGAUCAUCUGGAUGACAGUGAUGAACCUGAUGACAGAGAGGAUGAUGAUGAUCAUGAUCUAGAUGACCGUGAUGAACCUGAUGAGAGAGAGGAUAAUGACGAUGAUGAUGAUAAUGAUGAAACUGAUGACCGAGAGGAUAAUGAUGACGACGAUGAUGAUGAUCACAGUGAUAAUCUGGGUGACAGUGAUGAACCUGAUGACAGAGAGAAUAAUGACGAUGAUGAUUAUCACAGUGAUAAUGAUUUAGAAGAGCAUGAGGAAGAUGGAAAUGAUGAUGGGACUGAUAAAAAUGCCACAAAUGAACAUCAAAACAAAGAUGGCAGUGAUGACAGCACUAAUGAAGAUGAUGCCACCAGUGAUAGAGAUGAUUCUGCUAACAGAGAUUACCAUGAACAGCACCAAGAAGCUCUCCAUAGUGACGAUCAAGACAAUGGAGAGGACAAUGGUGUGCAUGGACACUAUCAGGAGGGAUCUAUUUGUAGCUACUGUUCGCUCUGUAAGCACUGUGACAUCUGUAAUAUAUGCCCAUGUGAAGAUGGAGACGACUCAGAGCACUGCAAACACUGCCAGUCAUGUUACUUCUGCCAAGCUUGUUCUUUGAUAUGUGAGACGAUUUGUGAACCCGGGGGCUACGUUGAUGAAUUGUCUAGAUCACUCUACCAGACAAUAGCUAAAGCCUAGGAGCAGCCUGGACCCUGAUCCCGAGUCAUCACUGUAUGACUGAAGAAAAAAAAACACAUGCACUAAUCCUGGGAGUGUCAUUAGUUAUCAUUAAAAUAAAUUCAGGGUUUGGCACUUUGCAUAGUUUUUCUAAUGUCAAUGCAGUUAAAUGAGACAAAAAAAUGUAUUUUCCUGUUGAACGAAGCAGCUAACUGUGGUUUCAAAAGUAACUGAUAAUAAAAUGUAAUUGAUUAUAAAA